AUGGCACCUCGCUCCCAGAUUGAGAUUGUUACCUCUUCCGUGACUCGUUUGGUCAAAGAAGAGGCAUCUUAUCACCGCGAGCUAGAGCAGCAGGGCGAGCGGAUUAAGAAGCUGGAGUCCGGCCAAGGUGGCGAUGAUGAGAACAAGGAGUACCUCAUGAAACAGGAGCACCGGGCUCUUGAGGAGACCAAGAGGGUCUUGCCUACUCUGAAGCAGAAGAUUGCAGACAGCGUGAAGGAAUUGGAGGCUUUGAUCACCGAGGAAGGCCAGAAGGGCGCCGGGAGUAAUGUGCAGCACAUCACUGCUGCUAAAGAAGCCAUUGCUAAAGCGAAGACGGCUGAGCGUGAGAUCUCAUAA